CGUUAAUAUGCGAAUAAAAUAAAAAACUCGCAACUUAUUUUCAUGAUUCGUGCCUGAAAAGUGAAAAUUGUAUCCUAAAAGGCGCUCUUUUUCGCUCUGCUUAAUCUUCCAUGCCAGAUCUCUGACUUUCUCCGGCAAGAAGUAAAAUUCUUCUUUCUUCCCGAGGAUCCCCGAUUAUUUUGAGCUGAGUUAAUUGUGGGAGAAAAUAAAGGGUCGGAAGAAAUGUCAGGGGGUGCGGCAGGUGGGUUUGUGGCGCGGGCAUUCGAAUCAAUGCUCAAAGAAUGUGCUAACAAGAAGUAUAAUGCUCUUCAAUCUUCCAUCCAGGCAUAUUUAGGAGAAGUGACUGUGAUGGCAUACGUAUACAUUCACUUGCAGAUUGCUCUUUACCAUCAAUUAUUUGCGCUUAUAUAUUUCUCAACUUCUAUUGUUUCUCCAGACAGUGGGAAGAACACUUAUCAGCAAUCAAACAAUGGUGAGGUUAAGCAAGUUCCAUCAGCAGUUACAAAUCAAAGUGGUUCAUCGGGAUCUGAUUCGUUGGCUGAAAAAUGUGAGGGAUCUGAACCUACGAGCAACAGUGGAUCAAUCAACACAGCCCUGGCAAAUGUGGGUCAUACUUUGGGAGAAGCUGAGGCUGAGCUUGUUCUGAAUCCACUUAGGCUUGCCUUUGAAACAAAAAACGUGAAAGCAGUGGAACUUGCACUGGAUUGUCUUCAUAAACUCAUUGGAUACGAUCACCUAGAAGGCGAUCCUGGUCUUGAUGGUGGUAAGAACUCGAAAUUACUGACAGACAUCCUCAACAUGGUGUGCAGCUGUAUGGAUAAUUCGGCACCUGACAGUACUACUCUUCAAGUACUGAAAGUGCUUCUUAGUGCCAUAGCAUCUACAAAGUUGCGGGUACAUGGUGAACCAUUGCUCGGGGUCAUCAGGGUUUGCUGUAAUAUUGCUCUUAAUAGCAAGAGUCCUGUCAGCCAAGUUACAUCGAAGUCUAUGUUAACACAAAUGCUCAGUAUUAUUUUCCGGCACAUGGAAACUGAUGUGGUUGUUUCUAAUAUCCAAGAAGAAGUCUCAUCCAGUGGUCAUAAUGAUUCAAGAAUGACUUUAGACAGUAUACUGUCUGUGAAACAGAUAAAUAGUACUUCUCGUGUGUCCAUUGAAGAACUUCAGAAUCAUGCUGGCGGAGCUGAUAUAAAGGGUAUGGAGGCUGUUCUUAAGAAGGCUGUGGAUCUGGAAGAUGGAGCAAAUAUCACAAGAGGCUUAGGUACGGAGUCCAUGUCUAUUGAACAGUCUGAUGCUGUACUUGUAUUCCACACACUCUGUAAGAUGGCUAUGAAGGAGGGCAAUGAUGAUAUGACAACCAGAACUCGUGUGCUGUCUCUGGAGCUUCUGCAGGGUUCCUUGGAAGACGUUGGUGACUCACUUACAAAGAAUUUUCAAUUCAUUGAUUCAGUCAGGGCUCAUAUUUCGUAUGCAUUAUUGCGAGCAUCAGUGUCUCCAUCUUCUUUAUUAUUUCAGUAUGCAACGGGAAUACUGUCAGUUCUUUUACUACGAUUCAGGGAAAGUUUCAAGGCUGAAAUUGGAGUCUUUUUUCCUGUGAUUGUUCUAAAAUCUCUGGAAGGAUCUGAUUUUAACCAAAAACUAAGUAUUCUCCGGAUGCUGGAGAAAGUCUGCAAAAAUUCUCAAAUGCUAGUUGACCUUUAUGUAAAUUAUGACUGUGAUCCUGAAGCACCUAACCUGUUUGAAAAGAUGGUCGCCGCAUUAACUAAAAUUGCUCAAGGUACUCAAAAUGUUGACCCAAAGUCUUCUGCUGCGUUACAAACAGGAUCAGCGAAAACAUUAUCUCUUCAGGGUCUUGUGAAUAUACUUAAAUCACUAGCAACUUGGGUGAAGUCUCGCAAAGGAGCUGUAAAUCAGAGCAUGGACAAGGCAGCCUUUGGAAAGGAAGUUUCACAUGAAGUAUUGAAUAAAUCAGAAAGUGGGGAAAAUACACCAAGCAACUUUGAUAAGCUGAAUGCUCACAGGUCUGAGAUUGAAGCUGUUAUCUCUGAGUUCAAUCGGCACCCCGAGAAGGGAAUUGAGUAUUUGCUAUCCAGUCAGUUGGUGGAGACCACUCCAUCUUCAGUUGCCCAGUUUCUACAAGAUACUCCCAACUUAGACAAGGCUAUGAUUGGGGAUUACCUGGGCCGGCAUGAAGGUUUCCCUGGUGCCGUUAUGCAUGCUUAUAUAGAUUCCAUGAAGUUUUCAGGAGUGAGAUUUGAUAUUGCAAUGCGUGAUUUUCUUAAGGGGUUUCGACUUCCGAGGGAAUCUUCAAAGAUUGACUGCAUAAUGGAAAAGUUUGCAGAUCGCUAUUGUGCCGAAAAUCCUAAUCUGUUCAAGAAUGCAAACUCCGCGUAUGUGCUAGCGUACACGAUUAUAUUGCUUAAUUCAGUUGCUCACAACCCCAUGGCAUGGCGGAAAAUGUCAAAAAGUGAUUUUAUAUACUUAAACACCACAAAUACUGCUGAUGCAUCUGCUCCUCAUGAACUCUUGGAAGAGGUCUAUGAUGCCAUCAUUGAAGAAGAGAUAAAAAUGAUAGCUCCUUUCUUUAUGAUGCCUAAUCCUAAAGCUAGCGAUCCUGUUGAAAAAUCUGAAGCGAGUAAAGAAAAGUUAGAAGUGGAAGAAAGAAGUCUACUUGUCGAUGUUCUCAAUUUGAACCUUCCCAAAAGAAGCUCUUCAACUAACUCCAAGUCCGAGAACAAUGAAAUUCUCAAGCAAAUGCAGGCCUUAAUGAAGGAACAAAUUGAAAAAAAGGGGAUCUUUUACACCUCAAACAGAAUUGAGCUUGUGCGUCUCAUGGUUGAAGUUGUAGGAUGGCCUUUACUUGCUACUUUUGCAGUUACCAUGGGUGAAGCAGACUACCAACCAAGGAUUAGUCUUUGCAUGGAAGGGUUCAAAGAAGGUAUACAAAUAACACAUGCUCUCGGGAUGGACACAAUCCGCUAUGCAUUUCUGACAUCUUUGUUGAGGUAUAAUUUUUUGCAUGCUCCCAAAGAUAUGCGCGGGAAACAUGUGGAAGCAUUACACACUCUUCUUGAUUUGUGUGCUACUGAGAUCUGUGCCCUUCAAGACUCAUGGUCAGCUGUUCUGGAAUGUAUUUCCCGCCUCGAAUACGCUAUAUCUUGGCCUGCUAUGACUGCAACUAUCAUGCAAGGAUCAAAUCAAGUUUCUAGAGACGCGCUGAUUCAGUCUCUGAGAGAACUGUCUGGAAAACCAACAGAAUGUGUGUUCGAAAAUAGUGUCAAAUUGCCUAGUGAAUCAGUGGUUGAAUUUUUUACUGCUUUGUGCGGUGUGUCAGCAGAGGAAUUAAAACAGAACCCUGCUCGUGUUUUUAGCUUGCGGAAGGUUGUUGAAAUUAGCUAUGAUAAUAUCGGUCGAAUUCAUAUGAUGUAUAGAUUGUGUGAGGCUUAUUGUACCUUUAUUGGAGUUUUUCUCACAAUUUUUUUCCCUGAAGUUUGGGCUAGAAUAUGGUCCAUCUUGGCCCAGCAUCUCAUCUUUGCUGGUGACCAUGCUGAUGAAAAAAUUGCAGUAUAUGCCAUAGAUUCCCUACGCCAACUGAGCAUGAAGUAUCUGGAUCAUGUUGAACUUGCAAAGUUCAGUUUUCAGAAUGAGAUUUUGAAACCAUUUAUUGUUCUAAUGCAAAGCAGCAGAAGUGAGUCCAUACGGAGGCGUAUAUUGGAUUGCGUCGUUCAAAUGAUUAAAUCCAAAUCGGGGAAAAUCAAGUCUGGGUGGCGAAGUGUUUUUGCACUUUUCGGCGCAGCUGCUGAAGAUGACCUGGAAGCCAUUGUUGAAAGUGCAUUUGAGAAUGUGGAGCAGGUUAUAUUGGAACACUUUAAUCAGGUUAUUGGGGAUUGCUUCAUGGAUUGUGUUAAUUGCUUAGUUGGAUUUGCCAAUAAUAACUGUUCACUCAGCAUAAGUUUGAAGGCUGUUGCUCUCCUCCGCAUUUGCGAAAAUCGACUUGCAGAGGACAUUUUGACCAAAGAAAACGGAACUGUUGAUGUAACUGAGCAUUAUUGGUUCCCUAUGCUGGCGGGUCUUUCCGACCUGACUUCCGAUUCAAGGUCAGAGGUCAGGAAUUGUGCGCUUGAGGUCUUGUUUGAUUUGCUGAACGAGAGAGGAAGCAAGUUCUCAUCUUCACUUUGGGAGAAUAUAUUCCGAAGAGUCCUUUUUCCCAUCUUUGAUCAUGUGAGACAUGCUUCUGGAAAAGAGAGUUUUAUGUGUUCAGGGGACGAGUGGCUUCGUGAAAGUACUGUUCAUGCACUGCAGUUGCUUUGCGACCUUUUCAACACUUUCUACAAGGAUGUCUGCUUUAUGCUGCCCCCACUGCUCAGUUUGCUGUUAGAUUGUGCCAAAAAAACAGAUCAGUCGGUAGUUUCAAUAGCUUUGGGAGCAUUAGUGCAUCUCAUUGAUGUUGGGGGUCACCAAUUUAGCAACCAAGACUGGGAUACUUUGUUGAAAAGUAUAAGGGAUGCUUCAUACACAACCCAACCACUUGAGCUGCUCAAUGAUCUGGGUUUUGAGAAGACAAAGCAUCACACAAUUUUGUCCAGAGACUUAAACAGCUCUACAUUGGCAUCUUCGAAAACCACUGCUAAUGGAAUCUCACCUGUUCACGGUCAAGAAACAUUGCACACAACUGAUAUGGAGGGAUCGGAAGGCAUGCCAUCACCGUCUAGAAGAGCUGAAGGAACUACUGAUGGUGGCGAUCACCUUCGGCGUAGUCAAACAUUUGGUCAAAAGAUUAUUGGCAAUUUCUUUGUGAGAAGUUUUUCGUCAAAACCAAAGAACUCUACAGCUGAUGCAAUCGUGCCAUCUUCUCCAUCAAAGGCUUCUGAUGCUACUAUGGAUACUGACACUGGAAAUGAGGAAAGUCCAAUGUUGGAAACUAUUAGGAGUAAAUGUAUAACACAGCUGUUACUUCUAAGUGCAAUUGAUGGCAUUCAGAAGAAAUACUGGAAUAAGUUGAAUUCGCAACAGAAAAUCACCAUGAUGGAGAUUUUAUUCUCUGUCCUCGAGUUUGCUGCUUCGUACAAUUCGUAUGCUAACCUCAGAUUGCGGAUGCAUCAAAUUCCAACGGAAAGACCCCCAUUAAACCUUCUGCGCCAGGAGUUGGCCGGAACUUGCAUUUAUCUUGAGAUCCUGCAAAAGACAACUGCAGCAAUUAAUAUUCAUAAAGAUGAGGCUGUCAAGGAGGAUAAUAACCUUGAAGGCGUAGCUGAAGAAAAGCUCGUCUCGUUUUGUGAACAAGUGCUGAGAGAGGCAUCUGAUAUCCAGUCGAACAUGGAAGAGACAGCUAAUAUGGAAAUCCAUAAGGUUGUUGAACUUCGGUCUCCUGUAAUUGUGAAGGUGCUGAAAGGUAUGUGCCAAAUGAACCCUGACAUUUUUCGAAACCACCUCAGAGAUUUCUAUCCUUACAUUACAAAACUCAUCUGCUGUGACCAGAUGGAUAUCCGUGGGGCCCUCGCAGAUCUUUUUACCAUGCAAUUGAGCACACUGUUGCCAUAGGAAAAGCUCAUUUUAAGUGCACCGUUUGGAGGAGGCCUAUCAUUUUUUUGUCAGAAGUCAGAAUUGAGUUCUUAAGUUAGUUUUCGAGCUGAGAGGUUUAUACAUAUUAUAGCAAAAGUUAAAAGAGGGGCUUUCCGGCCCUUCAGUGUAGCUGUGGACGAGUUAUUGACUCGGUGCAAAUCUUAUGCCAAAAUAAAUCAUUUGAUAUAUAAUAAUUCCUAGCUGCCCUUUUUCUUUUAGUAACUCAUUGUGAAUAAUGCUCUUUGUGCUCG